AGAAGCAGACAUGGAGCACCAAUAAGCGUGCGGAGAAGAGUGAUAGGCAGGCAGCUCGCCCAAUGGGAGGGCGGUGGCCGUUAAAGGUCCGGCGGCCCGGAGGGGAGCGCCGGGCGCAGGUACUUUGAGUAUGUAACAGCUCAUUUUUCCUCAUGAAAGAGUAAUAUCCUGGAGAACAUCUGGCAAGGGCUCAGAACCAAAUAUCCCAAACAUCAGCUUUUUUUAGAUAAUAAUGAUCAGGAAGCCUGACAAAUAGAAAAAUACAACAAAGUGAAGAGAAAAUGUACUUCAUGAGAACUGAGCUCUGCUUUCUUUUGCUUUUAAAGUUAUUUGUAUUAGUAGCUGAUUAGUGUGAGAUCAUCUCUGUAGUCUGCUGUGGUGAAAUUACUAGGUUAAGCAUGGAAAAAAUGAAACAGUUAAAAAGAAAAAGAAAAAGCAAUUUUAGUGUUCAGGAAACUCAAACUCUCCUUAAGGAAAUCAGAAAAAGGAGAGAAGUACUCUUUUCGAAGCAACUUAAUACAACAAUUAAUGAGAUGAAACGGAAAGCUUGGGAGGAAAUAGCAGAGUGUGUCAAUGCUGUAGGUGAAGGAGAGCAGAGAACAGGGACAGAAGUGAAAAGGCGAUACCUUGACUGGAGAGCACUCAUGAAGAGAAAACAUCUGAAUGCAAACAUCAAAGUAGUAGGUGCUGGGUUUCACCUUCCUUCAUCCAAUUUAGAUGACUCUCUCAAUGAAGAUAUGGACGAGAAAAUGGGAUUUGCAAUUGAAUCUAGUUUUGAGUGGCAAAAUAUCACUGACUUCAGAGAAGCCGGGGGAUCUUUAACAGAAAUCAAAGUAGAAGAGGAAGAGGAAGACCCGCAGAAUUUUGAAUUUCCUAUUGAGGAAGAAGAAGAAGAAAUAUUGUCAUCAGUUCUGCCAGAUUCGAGAAAGGAAAAUGACCUACCAGACUUCCCCCACAUUGAAGAGUUUGGAAAUCUGAGCUCUGCUCAAGCUAGGCUAGCCUAUGAAGAUUCUCACUUGCUUAUUAAUCUGGAGAAGCAAAAGGUGGAGCUGGAGAAGCAGCGACUGGACAUCGAAGCUGAAAGGUUGCAAGUGGAGAAGGAGCGCCUGCAGAUUGAGAAGGAGCGGUUGCGCCACAUUGACUUGGAGCGUGAGCGCCUGCAGAUUGAGAAGGAGCGACUUCAGAUAGAGUGGGAGAAACUCAGGCUAGAGACUCUGCAUGCUGAAAAACCUGCCCUGGAAAAUGACCUCACCCAGACUGAAAAACCCAUCAUGCAGCCUCUGGAUCUAGAAACUGAAAAGUUAAAACUUGAAAAAGAACGUUUGCAGUUAGAGAAAGAGAGGCUGCACUUCCUAAAGUUUGAGUCAGAAAAGCUGCAGAUUGAGAAGGAGCGCUUGCAAGUGGAGAAGGAGCGCCUUCGAAUUCAGAGAGAGGGUCACUUGCAGUGAACAUCUCAGCUAACGUGUCAACAUUAGUGUUUUGAUGUUUCUAAAUUAGAAGUAGUUCUUUUCUUGAUACUGAAACUGUCCUAAAGGCUUAACAUUCUUCUGUUCAGAGUUGAAUGUUGAUGUUAAAUUGAAAAAAAAAAUGGUGCUCAAUAUGUCAGUGUGCCUACAUAAAUGAUCUUACAUGUGAAAUUGCUUUCCAGUGUAUCAGAACUUAAGUGUUAUGUUCUCUUGUCUUCAGUAUUUUGCUGUAUUAGUUCGGUGUCUUCCUCUCAUAGAGGCCUUGAGAAGAAUCCAGGCUGAACCUUGUACUUUUGUCAUUACUAACAGGAAAGAAGGAUCAGAAUAAAUCAGCAUUUGCUGUGAGGACAUGGUGCUGACAAUAGCCUAUAUGGUAAAGAAGUAUGAUUUCGGCAGAACACAGGAAUACAGAGUCAUUAUGAGAGCAAUUCAUUAAAUUUUAUUUCCCCCCCUCCUUUUUUUUUCUCCACAUCCAUAAUUGGGAAAAAUAGUUGAAGAGUUAUCUAGAAGUUAAAGUGCAAGUUAAAUUCGUUGCAGUUGUGUUUACUGUUGUUCCAUGGCUUGAACUGAAUGGGAGUGGAGAAAAUAGGUUUGAGUUUUUAUGGUGGGGUUUUUUUGGGUGACGUAUUCAUAUUAGGCAAAGUUACACAUCAGUCAUACAUACUAUGAGCUGGCCUGUUGGUUUCACCUCACCAUUAAUAAUGCUGUAUGGGGUAAAGCACCUGUGUUAGCAUAGCACAGGGAUUUACUGAUUGACCAGGCAUGCUGUCUACUGAGUCUGUGAUGACCCCCUGAAGGAAAUUGCUAGACCUUGUUUGUUCUUGGAAGGCAGUAGCUGGUGAUAGGAAUCUCAGAAAUGGAGACUGAGUACAGCCUAAGAACCUCUGAGCUUGAACACUUCUACUCAUUGCUGGUUCUGCCUGGCCAGUGCCAAGGUCUGGCUAUGUGGCUCUCUGUGUAAUAUCUUUUAAUUAGACAAACAGAAAUGGUCAGUGCUGAAGGCUGUUAGUAUUUUUCAUAGGCAAUGUAGUUAUAUAACAAAACCAAAAAGCCAAGGAAGGAAGCUUUCUGUUAUUUCAUAUAUGUUUAAAUCCCAGCUGAGCCAGACUUCACCUUUCUCAUCUUUCUGCAAGUAACUGUCUUGUUAACUGCAUUGGAAAUGUAGAACUGUGGGAAUACUAAGUCUAAACAUAUGUUGAGUGACUUAGGUGAAUUUGUGUGCAAGUAAAUAAUAUUUAUACCACUACAGGUUUACUUUUAUUCUGCAAAGAUUAUUUUUUCAUUACUGAAACAAGUGUGAUUCUACAGUGGAAAUAAAUUUGACUACUACACU